AUGAGGUUGACACCAGAUGAGACAAAGGCUGCGAGAUCGAUGGGCUCGCUGCUGAGACGCUUCAUUCUCAUGUCGGUCUGCAUACUUGCGGCCUUUUACGCAACGGCAACGAUGCUCUUUACCAGGAUAAGCAUCGCUCGAUCUUUGGUGUUGUGUGCCAUGCUAGGGAGUGGGACGGCCCUGGGAUUUGUUUACUUGGAGACCGACAGUACUCUGCUGUGGAAGGUGGUCCACCAGAGCCAAUUUUACCGGAACGUUCUCCAACUAGCGAGGAACGAUUGGGUCAGAGCAUUCUCUGUCGGCUUUGCAGGCAUCUUGAUUCCAAUUCUGCUGGGGCCGCUUGGGUUCAUGUCACCUGAUCAGUCGGCCAGCGCGGACCGAUUCACAGGGGCCGUUCGCCCGCUGGUGGAUGAACUUCACACCUGGAACUGGACCAGUGUCCUACGAAAGCUGAAUGCGUUCUGCGCCUUGUUUAUCCUGCUGCUCGUAGGGAUGAAGGUCACCUACGUCUUCUUCUCGUGGCUCAAUGUGCAGCUUAUCGCAUGGAAUCUGGACAUCACUUCCCUGAGCAUCUUGGUCUUUGCCAUCGGCUUGAGCAUGUUCAUGAUGCCAAUCGUCCCAGGAACUGCCGUCUACAUCUUUGCCGGCAUCGUGCUGGGAUACCAGGCUCAGACAGGCAGCCAAGACUUGUGGAGAGCGAUUGGCAUCGGCAUCCUCCUGAGCUCCGUGGCGAAGAUGCUGGCGUGCACAGGUCAGUACUUGAUCGGAUACUGUGUGGGGAAGUCGGUGCGCGUCCAGCGCUUCGUAGCCGUGGAUCGAGUCUUCACCAGGGCGAUGGAGAUGAUCUUGAGCCGGCGUGGACUGAGCCCGGGGAAGGUUUGCAUCCUUGUCGCCGGCCCCGACUUCCCCACCAGCGUGCUCUGCGGCAUUCUCAAGCUCAACAUUCCUCAGAUGCUUUUGGGAACCACGCCCGUGAUCCUGGUCAGCAUCGUUCCACAGGUCUGUGUCGGCGCGCUAGUGGCAUCAUCUCCAGCCUCUUCAGAGAGCGAUAGCAGUCAGGCGGAUCAGAACAUCACACAGUAUGUCACGGCGGGCGCGGCCGUGAUCCAGGCCGCAGCAACCUUAUACGUGUCCUACAGAAUAAUGAAGACGGCGGAGGAUCACUAUCAAGAGCUGUCCAAACACCGGCCAGAGCAUGACAAAGUCGCGGAACUCACCAAGAAAGAGGAGGCCUACACUAGGAAGUAUGCCGAGCUUACACGCUGGGGAGAUAUGAGCUGUCUGCUCCGGGCUUCCAUCCUUCUCUCCUCCGGCAUCUUCCUCCUGGUGUCGUGGAUCUUCGCCGCCGACUUCACCCUGUCCAACCAGAUGUGUUUCCGAACCUUCUCUAUCACAGACCGCAUCGAUGCAGAUUUCGAGGAUGGUGGCCUCGACGGCAACGUCCUGAACCUGGUGUCCCAUCCCGUAGGGACGGUGACCUUGGUCCUCUCGGCGGUUGCAUUCUUGCUGCACAUCCUGGUUGGCUCUUGGCUAGACUCAGCUACGCGGCGGUCGCUGGCUGUCCAGGUAGCUACGGAGUCGGGAGGUCGGCAGCAGCCGUCAUUCUAUGACGUCCUCGGCCGACCAUCUGUGCCGGAGCUUUCUUAG